CGGCCAGCGGGCGCACACACCCGCCACUCUUUAUAUAUAAGGAGAUCUUGCGAAACCGUUAGCACAUUCGGACUACAAGCUGUCCAGGAAGUCACCUGCUUCUUUUGUCAUCUGUGAAACACUACAAGAUGCUGUCUAUUCUGUGUGUGGUGUCUUUGCUGGUGCAACUGAUAGCGGCGAGUCCUGCGGUAGACAGUCAGCCAGCAGCUCAGAUUCUUAACUACGACAUCGAAACAGCCAACAUGCCCAACUCUUACAAAUUCCACUAUGACGCCACGGAUGGUUCGUCUCGGACAGAGGAAGGUGCAAUUCUCAACCCUGGCACCAAGGAGGCAGCGCUCGAUGUCGCCGGCGCAGUGCGCUGGUACGACGCCGAUGGACAUUUGUACCAAAUGACGUACAAGGCCGGCAAACGAGGCUACAGGACAAUCAUCAAGAUGCUAUCAUAAUACAUCAAGAGCAAUGGAUGUGCUUUCAAAGUAUUAGUUCGAAAAUAAUUUCGAUAACAAAAGACUGGACAAAAUAAUUUUAUUUAUUGAAUAGAAAUUGUUUAUUUUAUUUAUUUAAAUUAACAGAAAAUAUUUCUGAUGGUGUGUACAUAAUUUUUGCUUUUCUUAUAGUUGAAGUUCACAAUAUUGACGUCGCUUCUUCAAAAUUAAUAUUGUUAAAGUGAUUAAAAAAUAUCAAUACGAUGCUCAUAAAUAACUGUCCAAAAUUGAAUCUCAACUUAAUUGUAAUGAUUAAUUUUAAGAAUACAAAAAUAAAACUAGAAUAAUUUUACAA